GCUGACCCCGCGAAGUCUGAUGGACUCCCCGUCCCUCUGGGGGGCUGCAGGGACUCGGCCCUGCUCAGCUGCCCGAGGCGUGUUUGCUGUGCUGGGGUGGGCAAGGCUGGCUCCUCUCCAGCACACUUGGCAUUUCCCACUUGCAACCAAGGGGGAGAGCUGCUCAAAAGAACAUGCAGAAUACGGUGCCAAAUCGUGCCCCUAGACUGAUUGCCACAGGAGCGCCUGGCUAAAAUGCAAGAGCGGGAGUGAAAUGAGCCGGGUUCCGAGCUCUACCGCAGACUUUCUGUGGGAUGCUUAAGCUUAGUUCUUCAAUUCCCCUGCCUGGAAAAUGGGGUUAGCGCUUCCAGUCCCACAGGAGCAUUGUGAGACUUCAGGCGUGUGAAGUUCUCUGAAAUUCUCAAGUGGAAAGCCUUAAAUAAGUAAAAUGUAUUGUUCUUCUUAAGCCUUUCCAGUUUUCAUUAGCUUUUCUACCAGCAGUGCUCCUGAGCAACCAACCUAUGCCAGUUUCACCCUUGACUGCAAAUAUCAGAAAAACAAUAGUGUCUGAUUUUUUUUAAUAAAGAACAAGGGAUUAAUGUCAGUAGCGGUGCACGUAAUCUCAUCCAAUGAGACAACUAGUAUAUAAGUAAAAAGUGAUCAGAAGCAGCAAUAGGAGAAAUGGAGAUGCAGUCAUACUACACAAAACUCUUGGGAGAGCUCAAUGAGCAAAGAAAGAGGGAUUUUUUUUGUGACUGCAGUAUUAUUGUGGAAGGCAGGAUCUUCAAAGCUCACAAGAACAUUCUCUUUGCCAAUAGCGGCUACUUCAGAGCCCUAUUGAUUCAUUACAUUCAAGACAGUGGGCGACACAGCACUGCUUCUUUGGACAUUGUUACUUCAGAGGCCUUCUCCAUCAUCCUAGAUUUCCUUUAUUCAGGGAAGCUGGAUCUUUGUGGAGAAAAUGUUAUUGAAGUCAUGUCCGCAGCUAGCUACUUGCAGAUGACUGAUGUGGUCAAUUUUUGCAAAACAUACAUCAGGUCAUCGCUAGAUAUUUGCAGAAAAAUAGAGAGAGAAGCUGCUUUCUAUCAGGCUGAUAGCGGAAGCUCUAGUUCUGUCAGAGAGGGCACUUCUUAUGGUACAAAGAGCCAGUGCUCUGCCUCCGUGUCUUCUCUGCAAGAAAAGGAAAGGAUUUCUGAUUGUCAGAGAGAUCCUCCCUGUGGUGAAUGUAGCAGCUGCCACCCAAUGGAACUUGUGGUGAGAGACCCUGUAAGCAGUGAUUCUCCAGAUGACAUUAAUUCUUCUCUGCCCAAAGGGGUAGUAGAACCAAAAGUAGAAUUUGACUCUGAUGAAGUGGAAGUAGAAGUGGGUGAACGACUACAGCAGUAUCCAACUCCGUUAUCUCUUGAGCAGAUGGAAGAGGGGCUGCACAGUGGCCAGGCAAUGGACUUGGCCUGCAAUAACUAUCAUAUGAAACAGUUUCUAGAGGCCCUGCUACGCAACAGUGCCGCUCAAAGAAAAGAUGAUGUGGUUCAUCACUUUGUUCGGGGCUUUGAGGGUAGGCCAGAAGAUGCAGGAGUGGCCAUGAGUUCCAUGAUGGACAUUCACAGCGACUGGUAUGGAGAGGAUACAGGUGAUGUGUUAGUUGUGCCAAUCAAGCUCCACAAAUGCCCGUUCUGUCCCUACACGGCUAAGCAGAAGGGAAUACUAAAACGGCACAUUCGCUCUCAUACAGGGGAGAGACCCUACCCUUGUGAGACGUGCGGCAAACGCUUCACCCGGCAGGAGCACCUUCGGAGUCAUGCUCUGAGUGUGCACCGAUCAAACAAGCCAAUUAUCUGCAAGGGUUGCAGAAGAACGUUCACAAGUAGCCUAUCACAGGGAUUACGGCGCUUUGGCUUGUGUGACAGCUGCACUUGUGUAACGACUACGCAUGAGGAUUCAAUGCCCAUUAACCUCAGUCUGAUGGAACCUUCAUCAGAAGGUCAAGAAAAGGGUGAUACAGACAAUGAUUGGCCUAUAUAUGUCGAAUCUGGUGAGGAAAAUGAUCCAGCUGAUGAUGAUGAUGCUGAUGAUAAGCAGGAGAUCCAUAGAAGCUUAUCAGACCGAGAGGCACUGAUGUAGUAACAGAAGGAGGGUUGGCAGAUUUAAAGCGUUUCCCCUGUGAUUGGUCAUUCUACAGCAGAAAACUGCAUAUUUAACCAGUUUUGUGGAACUCUGUUUUUAUUACUAAAUUCCAGUUUUGAUAGAACAGGUGGGAAGAACUGGAUUUUGAAAUAUUUUUUAACUUUUCAGUGCUGUGCACUAGAAUUCUGAGGGAAUUUUCUGUCCUGGAUGAGCAGAGGCUGUCUCCUUGCAAUCACGUGUUGUGCUUCUGUACCCUGGCUCUGAGGGAAGGAUAACAUUAUUUGCAGGUGAAGGAUCAUCAUGAUCAUUUGAUACUGAGUUUCCUCUCACAAUGCUGCCAUGGUCCCUCAAUCCUGGUCUCAAGCGGGCCAACCAUCAUCUUUCUAGGAAGAGAUGUGGAGAAAAUAAAUGUAGUUUUCAUCCUUAACCUUGGACUUCUCUAAACUGUUUUGCAAUCUCGUCCCUCUUAUGUUAGGAAAGUCCUGUCUGAAACUGUAAAUCCUAACUGUUUGUUUAAUCUUAAAAGUUUAGAAUAGGAUUUAACCUGGAAACCACAGUAAAUUACCAGGAUAACAAAUAUGCUACAAAGGGAAGCAUAUUCAGUAGAGAAUCUUCACACAUGUUUGUUCAUAUAUGUACUUAGAGAGCAAGUUUCUAUUUUUGGGCAGUUUUCACUGCAUUUCCAUCCCAGGAGAACAACCGAGCUUGGGCUGUGAUUCUUCUGGUCUGUAUUUAAUGCCCAUUAGACAGUAGUCCAGGCCUGAGAACUACACAGAAUACUUAUUCUGUGAUCUAGUAAAAUAGUGUCCAAAGUGCACUGGUCACUGAAGCAAGACUAAGUGCACUGCCCGCCUCUUUUCAACCAUUUAAAGUAGAAGUUAUAACCUAGCAAUCUAGAAAAGUGGUUUCUUUAGUAGAUUAAAUAGUCAGAUUUACUGUUGAUCUAGCUGAAGUACAAUUCCAAAGAAAAAUCUGGACUACAUAUAUAACACCAUCCCUGCAAACUAUUUUUGAAGAAACCAGGUGAGACCCUUUGUAAAAUUAGAGACUCCCUGUAUGCAAACUUCCCCUUUCCUAAUGAGAUUUUUCUUCUUAUAUAGUCAAAAAUAGUCUUUGAUGAUUCCUAUGAUGGUUUGUACCCUUUCAUUGUCUUAUGAAUUCAUCCAGGUACUGUCUCUUGUUAAAAUUCCAACUUGGACCCUGCAUUUUCCUUGUUGGACAGAUACAAGUUGGCUUUUGAAGGAGGCAAGAUUACUUUAUUUAAUUUACCUGUUCAGUACCAAAUUGCUGUAAACUAUGAAAUUAGCUGGGAAACUGUAAAGAGCUCUUGGGUAAGCUACUGCUAAACUUAAAGUUAAAGAAGUUACAGUAUUGAAGGAUUCUGUGAAGUGAAGGUGAAUACUGUACGUAGAUAGUACUUUCUAACUUGUUCGUAAAUGUUCAAUGAAAAGCAUUGUAUUUGGGCCUCACUUUCUGGAUCAAGUGCUAGAACAGAAGAUUGCAGAUAGACAUCACUGACACAAGAAGAUCGUCUCAGUUAAAAAGACAGUUUUCCUUUCUUAUGUUUUAAAGAAGACUUUACACUGAGCAAACAUAAAAUGGAACAUUUUUAUAUAAAAAGCAGCUGAUUUAACCAG